AUGACGCGCGCUGGACCGCCGAGCGAGAACCUUCCGACUGUGAAACUAGUGGUAGUCGGCGAUGGAGGAGUGGGCAAGAGCGCCAUCACAAUACAGUUCUUCCAGAAGUUGUUUGUGACAGAUUAUGACCCCACCAUUGAGGACUCUUACAUACAGCAUACGGAGGUGGAUGGGCAGUGGUGUAUUCUUGAUGUUUUGGAUACAGCUGGGCAAGAAGAGUUCAGUGCUAUGCGGGAACAGUACAUGCGCAAAGGUGAUGGCUUCCUCUUGGUCUAUUCAGUGACGGACAAACAGAGCUUUGAGAACAUUGGUCACUUUCACACGCAGAUACUUAGGGUCAAGGACAGGGAGACAUAUCCUAUGCUGAUUGCUGCUAACAAGGUGGAUUUGGUUCAUUCGAGGGUGGUGAGCGAAGAAGCGGGGCGCGACAUGGCGAGGCAUCUGAACGCUCCGUACAUUGAGACCAGCGCCAAGGAGCCACCGCUCAAUAUAGAUGCGGCGUUUCACGAGCUCGUCCGAAUUAUACGCAACCACCCCCAGCAAGAGGAGAAACAGCGCCGCCGAAGGAAAUUCUUUUCCAAAUGCCAAAUUCUUUAA